CAACUUGUCCUCUUGCCAUCUCAACUGCGUGCAACCACACAAUACGACCGCGUCAUUCUCCUCAUCUUCCUCCCUCCUUCAUCUUCACCCGUCUCUUCCAUCCAACAGCAAGCAUCAUGUCUGGUGGUGGCCGCCCUGACGUCUCCAACCUCUUCAGCGUGAAGGUCGACAACAUCGACCGAUCCACGCGCGAGGAAGAUCUCCGCGAAGCCUUCAAAGAGUUUGGCGAGAUUGGCGACAUUUACAUGCCCAGAUACCGCGACACCAUGGACCCACGCGGCUACGCCUUUGUGCGCUUCAUCAACGAGCGCGACGCCGAAGACGCCAUCAAGCACAUGGACGGACAACAGCUGAACGGCAAGGAGGUGUACUGCCAACUGGCCAAGUACUCCCGCCGCGCACCCCCCCCGCGCCGCCCGCGUCGCGACGACUACUAUCGCGAUGACUAUCGUCGCGAUGACUACCGUCGGGACGACUACAGGCGCGAUGAUUAUCGUCGGGACGAUUACCGCAGGGAUGACUAUCGGCGCGAUGACUACCGCCGUGACGACUACAGGCGUGACGACUACAGGCGCGACGACUACCGCCGCGACGACUACAGGCGCGACGACAGGCGGGAUGGGCCUCGCGACAUGCCGCCGCCUCCUCGUGAGCGCAGCCGCGAGCGCAGCCCCCCUCCCCCGCGCCACGACGACCGCCCCGCCCCGCCGCCACUCGACGACCGCCAGUGAGCAGCAGCCAGUCCUCUCUGCCGUCAACUUGCGGUGCCUGCAAGCAAGCAAAGCAAACGAGCACCAAACAAACCGUCAAUCCAUCCAUGCCUUGUGACUUGAUCCUGCACCCCCCCCCCCCUUGACUUGUCUCUGUCCGCUUU